AUGAAACUUGUUCGUUUUCUUAUGAAAUUAACUCAUGAAAGUGUAACAGUAUCAUUAAAAAAUGGUUCAAAUGUCUUUGGUACAGUUAUUGGUGUUGAUAUGUCAAUGAAUACACAUUUAAAAUCAGCUAAAUUAACACCAAAAAAUGGUGAACCUAUUUCAUUAGAAUUUAUUACUAUUCGAGGCAAUAAUAUUCGGUAUUUUAUAUUACCGGAUAGUCUUCCGUUAGAUACAUUACUUGUUGAUGAUACACCAAAAACUAAAACGAAACGUGAAAGACCUGGUCCAGUUGGUAUGGGUAGUAGAGGUGUUCGUGGAAGAGGCCGUGGUCGUGGACGUGGUCGAGGAGGUUCUGGUGGUGGUGGUAGUCGUGGACGUUAA